AGCAGCACAUCUGAAGAGAGCUGUAAACCAGAGCGGGUUUGAGGUUAUCUGUCUUGUUGCUAGAUUGUUAGCUAGCUAGUGUUACUCCUUCCUCUUGAGUUGCGCAAACUCCGGGUUUGUUUUGAAGUGUAGUAGACAUGUGUGCUCGCGCAGGUUUGUUCAUUUAGUUAAUUUAUAUUUUUUCCGAAGUUUUACAGAGUACUAUCGGGCUGCAGUUCAUCUAUUUACAUGUGGGCGGUUGCUCUGGAGCGUACUGCACUCAUCACUUCACACGUCCAUAAGUUUUAGCCAUUUACAAUGGCGCCAUUAAAUUCUUGCGUGUUACCUAGAGGAUAGUCUAGACUUUAAGCAUAAAUCAGUGGGUUUUAAGACUGUUUAAUCUCCGUGCAAGCUGUUGAGUAGAAACGCAGAGGCCAUCUGCAUCAAAAAGGGAUUUAGGAAUGCAUUUUAAAAACAGGGAUCAGCCCACAAUGACAGUUUUUCUGCCUACGUUGUCCAUUAAAUGACAUCAACACACAGACAUGGGCUUUGUUCGACUCAUGGCUAGAAUCAUGAGUAGGGUCAGCACGUUCAGAUCCUAUCAGUUUGUGCUGCUUCUCGCCGCGGCACUCGCCGUUGUGGCUUUUUACUACUUUGGCUCAGAAAGGCACAACUUCUCCAGCACCACUAAAAGGAUCAAGCAGACCCAAGCGAGCACCAACAGAAACGACGCAGACCUGACCGUGGACACGAGCCUGAUGCACCAGACUGGAGAUGAAGAGAAGGCAUCUGAAGACCAACACCUGGGAAUGGAGAGUGACAUGUAUGCAUCAAGAAAGGGGAAAAAUCAAGCCGGCGGCCAGCACUACCACGUGCUCAUGAUGUUCACCAAGGUGGACAAAAGUCGAAGCCUGCAGGAUAAAUUCAAAGUCGCCAUGUUGUCGAUGGUAAAGCAUGGGCAUUUCUUGAAAGGGGAGGUGUUGGUGCUUCACUUUGUUAGUGACAAAGCCAGCCAACAACUUGGUCAAAGGAUGCUGCAGGACUUUCUCCAAGAUGCAACAUUCAAGUAUGAAGUUCUAUUCCAUGAUGUGGCAGAGCUGACCCAGACUCUCUUCCCCAUUGUUGAAGCCAUGCAGAAGCAUUUCAGCGCUGGCUCUGGGGCUUACUACAGCGACGCUAUCUUCUUCCUCUCUGUAGCCAUGCAUCACAUCAUGCCUGAGAGUUUGACACACAUCGUGCAGCUUGACUUGGACCUGAAGUACAGGACCAACAUCAGGAAUCUUUUCCAAGAAUUUGACAAAUUUCCUCCAGGAGCAGUUAUCGGCAUCAUCAGAGAAAUGCAGCCGGUCUACAGACAUACCUUCUGGCAGUACCGCAAGGAGAACCCCCAGACCAAAGUUGGAGAACCUCCACCCGACGGACUCCCAGGUUUCAACAGUGGUGUGAUGUUAUUGGACCUGCAGGCAAUGAGGGCCUCAGCUCUCUAUAACCAGUUGCUAGAGCCCAAAAACGUUGCCAAACUGGCAGACAAGUAUCGCUUUAGAGGUCACCUGGGUGACCAGGACUUCUUCACUAUGAUUGGCAUGGAGCAUCCUGAUCUGUUUUAUUCGCUGCCCUGCGGCUGGAACCGGCAGCUGUGCACCUGGUGGAGAGACCACGGUUACGGAGAAGUGUUUCAGUUGUACUAUCAUUGCGACGGACCGGUUUAUAUCUACCACGGAAACUGUAAUUCCCCCAUACCAGAUGACUGAAUUACUGCCACUCAAGAGACCAUGUUGGGAUUCCUUCUUGUUGGGAGACACAACAGGAUUGGUUGACUUUCUUCAAGACUUUCCAAACUUUGACUCCUGAGUGCCAAGGGAUUCAUAGUAGACCAACUACUGAUCCUUUAAGCUUAGAGGGAAGAACCAAAGCACUCCAAAUUAUGUACUAAUGAGAAAUGUUCUGGAUUAUAACAAGAGCAAAUUACAAAUGAUUAAAAAAUUAGUUUUAACUUUGUAGGCUUUACCAUGUCGGUCAAACCUGCAGUCUGAUUGAUUUAGAUGUUAAAUAAAUUAUGUCUGAUCUA